AUGUCCGACCCUGCAACGUUGCUCAACAAUACGGUUGGCGCAUACUUCAUUGGGUGUAUUAUCAGUUCCAUGCUUAGAGCUGCGCCCAAGAUUGCUUUCCUCUACAUAACGAUAUUCCAUCAGGUCUCGUGGGUGGAAGAUGUAACACGUCACGAAGACUUGCUGCGCAAUGAGGCAAUCACUCCAAAAUCAUGGAAACGGACAGUUGUCUGGGCUCUUGGAGGGUUCAUAAUUACAGUAGUGCAACAGAGUAUAAACAACAACAUCAUUGUUUCGGACAACGAGAACAAAUGUGCAGGGUCCUAUACCGAAAGAAAUCGGUAA